AUGUCUACCUUAACUAUGAAGGAAAGAUUGAGAGGGUUUGGUAUUUCGUUUGAGAAAUCCUUGGAGGACUUGAUUAAAGGUAUCAGAGCCACCAAUAGCGAUCACGAGAAACUUGCUAGUUUCUUUGAGAGAUCUAUACAAGAAUGUAAGAAUGAGUUGAAAUCUCCAGAUCUAGAAGUAAAGUCUAUUGCUAUUUUGAAACUAGCAUAUUUGGAAAUGUAUGGUUUUGAUAUGAGUUGGUGUGCAUUCAGUAUUUUGGAAGUAAUGGCAUCCCCAAAGUUUCAACACAAACGAAUUGGUUACUUAGCAGCAAAUCAAAUUCUUCAAAGGCAGAAUAACGACGACGCUCUAAUGUUAAUGACAAAUCUAUUGAAUAAAGAUUUAACAUCCAUUGAUUAUACCGAAAUAUCCCUUGCAAUUGGGGGCAUUGCCGCUGUUGUAACGAAGGAUUUGGCACCCAUAAUUGUUGAUGAUAUGGCUAAACUUUUGACACACACUAAACCAUUGAUAAGAAAAAAGGCUGUUUUGGCAAUGUACAAAAUUUUUCUUAAAAAUCCGGAAUCACUCAGAAUCCAUUAUGAUCGAUUAAUUGAGAGAUUAGAUGAUGAUGACUCUUCUGUGGUAUCCGCCACAGUUAAUGUGCUCUGCGAAUUAGCUUAUAUGAAUCCAUCGAACUAUAUCGAUCUUGCUCCAAAAUUUUAUAAGAUUAUGAAGGAGUCUAACAACAAUUGGAUGAUGAUUAGAAUCUUGAAGUUGUUCUCGUCACUUUCGUUGAUCGAGCCUAGAUUGAAAAACAAACUUUUACCGGAAAUCAAAGCAUUUAUGGUCAACACAAAGGCAUUAUCUCUACAAUACGAGUGCAUCAAUGCAAUAUUGAACGGAAACAUGCUUUCCCCAGAUGAUAUUGACACCGCAAAGUUGAUCGUCUCAAAUCUACUUGUUUUUUUCGCAAGUGGAGAUCAAAAUUUAAAGUAUGUGGGUUUACUGGCUUUUAUUAAAACAUGUAAAAUAAAUCAAGAUUUGAUUAAAAAACAUGACAAGAUAAUUCUUUCUUCAAUUUAUGAUAAUGACAUCACUGUGCGAGAAACGUCUCUUGAAAUUGUGAACUCUUUAGUGAAUGAACAUAAUAUUGUUCCCAUUAUAACAAGGUUGACUGUACAAUUGUUGCCAUACAAUGAUCAAAAGGAACAACUUGACAAAAUUAACAAGAAGGUACUAGCUCAAAAUUCGGGUCAAGAUAGUGACGAUGAUACAGAUACAUACAUUAUUGGUGCAACGCAACAGCCAAUUGUGGUUUCGCAAAAAUAUAAAUAUCUUUUAGUGAGUAAGAUUAUUGAGAUUUGCUCCAUGAAUAACUACGAGAAUAUUCCUAGUUUUAGAUGGUAUCUAGGAGUUAUGACAGACAUUCUCAAGUUAAACGUUGACAAUAAAAUAUCUAAGAUCGACAAGAUGAUAACGGAUCAGUUUGUUGAUAUUGCUUUGAGGGUCCCAAGUGUUAGGCAUACUCUAGUUAAUAUUUGCUUUUCUUUAUGUGGUAUUCUCGAAUAUACCGGAAGAGAACUACUACAGUUUAAAGAAGGCCUGGGCAAUUGCAUGUGGAUAAUUGGCGAAUAUUAUGACUCGUACUUACAGGGUGAGAGUGAUUCAGACUCAGACUCAGAGCCAGAUUCGGAUUCAGAUUCUUUUUCAGCUCUACAGAAGCAGGAAUUGAAGGACCUUAAACAGUCCAAACUUUCUAUUAGUGAAAUCAUAGACACUAUUUCGAAACAAAAUAUUUUAUCAAAACUGGAACAACUGGAUUCUUAUGACAUCAUUACCACGUAUGUUGGCGCUAUUGCCAAGAUGUAUAGCAAAUUUACUAGUACAUAUGCAUGUGGUGGUGAUUUGUCUGUAUCCCAACUGGAGUUUGUUAAAAAUUCAUGCUUGGGGGUUAUUGAAAUCUUAUCUCAGUUUGAAACGAGUUCAAACUUUGAACUUCAAGAAUGUGCAUUGUCUUAUGUGGAAAUUUUAAAAUUAGUUGAUAACUCAUUAGAAAAUGUAUUAGACGGAAUCAAAAAUACUGAAACUUCCUCAGCAUCUUUACCAACCUUCCUAACAGAAGGCUACAACCAGUUAUUUCUUUCUUAUCCCUUGAUGCCUGUCGGUGCGUCUGCCCAGGAGAAGGUAAAAAUCCCAGAUGGUUUGGAUCUUAAUGCAGCUAUUGAUGAGCAAGCAACGUUUAAUUUUCACAACCUCUACACAAAUUUGAAAUUAGAAGAACUAAGUAUUGAUGAUGUCGACUUGCCUCAAAGUGACUCACUACACGGUGAUUAUACGGAAAAUCAGGAAUUUUCGGACAUUGAUACUACUCGUUCGUUGUCUACCAGACAUGAUGAUGAAAUUUACUAUAUAAGUGCUACAAAUUAUGACCAUUCUGACUCUUCUUCCAUAGCUCCAAAGAAACAAGCCAAAAAGAAAAGCAAGAAAACUAAAAAGUUCAGAAAAGAAGCUGUGCUUAUUGUUGAUGAUGAUGAUACACCUGCUCGACAAAACUCUACAACAGUUAAGCAAAACAACUUGACCGCCGAUGCAUUAAAUCUUGCAGAUAUAGACCUGAAAAAAUCAGAAGAACAUUACCCAGUGGGAGAUGAGUACCAAGUGGAGGAAGAGACGAGAAAAAAGAAAGAAAAAGCUGGUGUUGACGGAAUAAAAAUUGAAGUUCCUUCUGUAGCUCUUUCUGCAGCUCGUAAAAAGCCAAAGAAAAAAGCCAAGAAAAAUGUUGCAAUCAUUGAGUAA